ACAGCCGAGCACCAGGUACUGCCGCACUACGACUCAGCUCCUCGCCGACCGGAGCGAGGUGCCGUCGCGGUCCGAGGCCGAGCGCCGCCGCGAGCACCAGGCCGCCGCGCUCGGGGCGACGCUGCCCGCACCAUCCCUGCGAUGCGCCCACCUCCAACCCGGCGGCGAUGGCGAUGUCCGCGAGGCCCUGGGCGCAAGGGAGGCGAUGGCGACCAGCUGAAGCGGCGGCGCCAUCAUCCUACACCGGGAGGCGGGGCCUGGUGGCGCACGAGGCUGCGGGACGCGGAAGGGGGAGAAGCAAUGGAGGUACUGACGGGCGCGGUGCUGUUCGAGGAGGCGGGGCGCGGAGGGAGAGAGCAGUGGAGGUGCUGACGCUGACGCCGCGGCGCUUCAUGGAGGUCAACUAGGAGGUGGACGAGGCCUUGCGGCUCGCAGCCGACCUGCUCGCCGAUGCGCCAAUAGGGAUCUGCUCGCCGGCGGGGACGCCAUUUUCUUCUAGUGAUGUGCGGAUGGUGAACUGCUCACUGGGAUUCACCCCGAGCCCAGGUAUUCCGCCGCCUCCUAGUAGCCGCCCGAGCUGUGCUCAUGUGCCUUGCCGUUAGCUGAGCUCUCCUACUGCUACUGACCUGGGACGAGCACAACAGCAGAGCACAUGCGUGCAGAUUUAGUUAGAACAGGAAGUUUCGUCACAAAGAAUGGUUCAGGUUCAGCUUAAUGUACACUGAAACUUUGCACUUUUGUUGUACAGGGAGUUGGAGUAUCGGGGAUAGGAUAUGUGCAUCGAGAAGAUUUUAGAUUUCUGGUUCACAUGGGUACACAUUGGGGCACAAUGAUGAAUUUUACGGAGGAUGCUCCGGUAAAGAAAGGCUCUGUUCUCUUAACAAGGAUGGAAAGUAUAACGGCAUACAAAAACCAACGUGGACAACCCAAAUCUGGAACUCCAGAACAAUCUGACAUUCCAGUAUCUGCUAAUGACAUGUGUUCCCUUGCUGAAUGGCCAUCCCAUGCUCGCCGCAACCGUGCGCUACUACAGGAUGAAGCUGGUGGACAGAAGAAGAAAGGGCGAGGUGUUCUAAAAGGUUUUAAAGCAUCUAAGAAGCGUUUUGCCAAUGGAUCUGCAAAGCUAAAUAUUACAUUCUCUGAAAAAUUGGGUGGUACAGUAGGAAUGAACUAUCGUUCAUUCAAGGAUGACGUGGUAGUCAUAAUGAAAAGAAAGUUACCACUCAUUGGAGUGAGGACGUGGUCGGACAUUCACCCUACCAUUCAUCGACUCAUUGUUGCAGAUAUGAUAGACAGAUGGGACCUAGAAGAUACACCAGAAACAGAAGAAAAAGUUCCUAAAAUUGCGAAAGAGAGAUAUAGAGGCUGGCGAUCAACUCUAAGCUCCACUUACAAGGCAUACAAAACAGAUGCAGCUAGAUUGGCUAAUCUGCCAGAAGAUUUACAACCAGAAGAGUGGGAAUGGAUGAUUGAGUACUUUGGCACUGAUUCAAAAUUUCAGGAACGCAGCCAAAUGAAUGCCGAUAACCGUAAGAAACAGAAGACAAAACACAUAAUGGGAUCAAAAUCUUACUCGCAAGUUAGUUUUGAGAAGAGAAACUUGGAAACUGGAGAAGAGCCAGAUUGUAUUGCUCUAUGGGAACUCACCCACACAAACGUUGGAACAUGGUCUAACACAAAUUCCCAAAAAGUUUACUGUCAAUAUUGA